CGGAGGUGCUUAUCUAAGACGUUAUCGGUUUUUUUCACCUCUAAACUCCAGUCCACACCUGGCACUGGGACUCGAUCUGGUCGAGCAGACCCCACCCAGCCUCGCCUAGAUACGUAGAAACCCACAGACAAGCCACAAGUGGCUACCAAUCAAAAAUCCACUUAUCAGCCACCGCACCAAAAUAAAAAAUUGAAUUUUUCUGUGGUGCAGUAGCAGGGCUCGCUUAACGCUUUCACACCAAUCCACCACUCCAACCAACGUCCAUCAUCAAGCCGAACCCACUCUAAGAUUUGGCCAUCACAACCAUCGACGACAGAAAUUCGCCCAGCGCCCAUAGGUCUUUUACUGCGAAAGACUUCUCCCGGAUCCCAAUACCCCUUUGGAUUUCUGAGAGUAGUGGAACAAAUUAGCCAAGAUGCCUUCUGAAGCCGGUCACAGAUUAUACGUCAAGGGACGUCACCUAAGCUACCAACGUAGCCGACACACAACCCACCCCAAGACGAGCUUGAUCAAGAUCGAGGGCGUCGACGACACCGACGCUGCCAACUUCUACCUUGGCAAGAAGAUCGCGUACGUCUACAAGGGCCAGAAGGAGGUCCGAGGAACCAAGAUCCGCGUGAUCUGGGGCAAGGUUACCAGGCCUCACGGCAACUCCGGCGUUGUCCGAGCCAAGUUCGCUACCCCUCUUCCUUCCAAAUCUUUCGGCGCGUCUGUUCGUAUCAUGCUUUACCCUUCGUCGAUAUAAGAUGGGUUAGGGCCGGAGUUGGUAGUGUGGAACGGUUCUCAUGAUUGGCUGCAUCUGGGUUAGGCAAGGUAUAAGGCUUAAGCCUUGCGUCUAGCAUCGACAA